AUGGACCGUUUCCUUACCUCACUGUGUUUGAAUGGCGUACGGACGUCUGACAAUGUGCCGCUGCAUGUGGUGGAUGCGCAGACGCUCUCGUUGAACGGGAAGCUCGUGGCAACCGACAGCGUUGUGGAACUUGCUUUGCCAAGCAAGGUCGCGACAGCGAUGGUGUCCUCCAUGGCAGCAGCGCCGGCCUACUCCUACUCGAUGUUCUUCUUGUUAGGCUCUCAGGUGCAUCAUGGCCGACUCGGUGACGCCGUCUUCCACUAUAUCGUCCGAGAUCAGGCCCUCCACUGUUUGGCGCUUGAUGAGCGUCAGGUGGCCAUGCGGUCUGUGGUGACCACGUGCACGAGCCGCAAAGGUACCAGUGCAGCUCCACUGCACUACGAAGAGUGUCUCCUCGUCGCCUACGACGGUGGUGCCGUGGCGUGCGAGACACUUCGCUCGAGCGACGCUGCCGAGACAGUUGAUGAAGUGCUUCGCACACUGCGUCUCAUCUCACUUGCCGUAUUCAAAUACACGGAUAAUAAGACGUGUGCGGUGCUUGUCGACUCUCAUCUUUCGACGGCACACAUGGCAGCACUGCUGCUGGCAUCGCGCCGGCACGUCUUCCUAUAUGUGGAUGAGACCAUGUCAGCCGAGGAGGUGCUGGCAACCACGGCCGAAAUGCAGCAGGUGCGCGAGUCUCUCUCGUCCUUUGCGGCCCCCCUCUCGAUGGAUGCGGUGCGAGCACAGCGGACGAUCGCCAGCUACGACAACGGCGCGCCACCUCUUCAGCUGAGUGGUACACUAGACGCCUUGGCCCACACGGACGAGGAGUACGCGGUGCUUCUAGCGGCGGUGGCGCGGGAGUGGGCCGGGCAGCAGGAACAGCACUCGUCUCGUCGCACCCAUGAUGCUGCUACCGGUCCACAUGAUGGUGAGGCAGGUUGUGCUUCGCUGUCCCAGGCUUUCCGACGAGAGCUGGAGGAGGCGCGAGCCGCGCAACGCGCCGCCGAAGAUGCGCUUGCAGAUCAGCGCCGCAUGCAUCGCAAAGAGGUGCUAUCCCUCCGUGCGGAGCUCGAGAGUGCGCACCGACGCAACAACGACAAUACGGUGGUCUCAGAGGUGCAGAGUGGGUCCACGGUGAACGGUAGAGCCGUUUCACAAAACUUACUGCACUCCUUUCAGCAACAACAGCACAGCCACUCGAGUGAUACCGCGUCGCACGCUGUCGUAUCACCGCUGAAAAAGGAGCUUCAGGACGCGCUCAAAGCGCAGCAGUUUGCGGAGGAGAAGGCCUGUCUGCUGGAACUGAGGCAGUCGCUGGCAACGUCGAAGUGCAAAGGUGCACCCGCUACCGCAGGGUACGCCAACGGCGCCGUUACCUCCCCACGACCGUCUCUGCGUCUGCAGUCCGCCGGGAUGCCCAGCGUCGCAGCGCCCGGCCUCCCCUCCACUGCACCGCAGGCAUGGGAAAAUCGACUUCUCCAGCAAGAAAACGCGGCCCUCGUCGCGGAAUUUCAACGCAAGGAAAAGGCGUGGCAGCAGCGACUGCACCAGACUUUAGCUGAGGUGACACAACUGAAACAAGACACAGCCACCAUGGAGGCCACGCUGCGGUUGCAGUCGCAGACGAUCGCGGCCGCGCAGCAGGAGCUCGUGGACAGUCGCGUAGCACAGGAACAGGAGAUGAGGCGACUGCUAGAGCGUGUCCGGGUACUGUCCCAGAAGUCCCGUUCCCGGCACCGUAGCCAGAAUCGGUCCGCCGGCACUGACCAAGCACGCGGCCCCACGGCUGGUGGUAAGGUGCCGGAAUCAGAGGGGCCAUCGCUCUCCGUCUCUUUUCCUUGCACUCUACAGCGGCAAUCGACGCCACCGCCGUCACUUGUCGGCUCCUCCCGGCAGAAGGCUGCAGCGUCUAUCGGCGGCAUUAUGAGCCCCGAGCGCUGA